GCUACGCUCCCGUCGGUCGCCAUGCGCCAACCUGUCGCGUAGCAACAGUUGCUACGCAGACGUCGCCGGCAUCACCACGUGUGGUAUCCGCGUCAAGCAAAUUAAUAGUGCAUUCAGUGUUAAAUAGUUAAUUAGUUGUGCUCGAACCAUCGCCAGGAGAACACUAAACCAUCAGGAAAACUAUCCGAGGACAAUUGAAGUCGAAUUGACCCGUUGUCGGAGAGAUAGUCGAUCAUUGUCUCCCAGCGUAUACACGUCGCAACCAAUACCAUGGAGAAGGAGAUUGGUGAGGAGCCUAUGAAGGUCAACGACCCAGAGGGAACACCCUCAAACCUUGCGAUACGGGACGCCAACCUUGAGGAGACUACUGUCUUGAAAACUGCGACCAAGGACGCCAACCCAGUCGAGAGUCAAGAGACUCUCCCACAUGCUGACCCAGCCACUGCCAGUAAGGCCAAGGACACCACCGUCAUCCAGCUGCCAAAAGCUGAGAAGAUGUGGUGGUCACCAUUGACAUCAUAUGGUGAAGAACUUUGGGCUAUAGCCCAUAAAGAGCCUGCCUUUAUGGCUGUAUUGCGAAUUUUCGCCACUUCACUGCUCAACCAAGAGCCACCUGCUGAAUUUUCCCAGAUGCCUCCAUUCCCAUCCCUGGAGGAAAUUCAGGAGGACAAACCCCAGACACAGGACUGGUACUCCGCCUGUAUUGCCGAGGAGAUUGCCCAAAUGGCCAUCCAGGACGAUCCUCCAACGCCCAACCCCGACCCAACACCCUAUCCACCUGACCACCUCCAACUCCCCAGUCCCUGGUUUACUUAUCCCUCAACCCCAAUUGCAGAUGCAACUGCUACAAAUGCCGAUCCUUCAGUUCCCACUCCGGAAACACCCUUGCUCGACCCAGAGCCUAACUCCAUUACCACCACUCCGAUGCCCAAUCCCGAGCCCACAUUCAACACUCCUAACGAGGAACCAACCAGUCCUGACGAUGUAUUGGAAAUCCAUGCGUCCCAGGAAGAGUUAGCGGAGACACCUGCAGUAGAAUCUGCCAAAUACCCGGCCACCAUACAUCUGCCAGAGGCCACUCCCAGUGAGAAGGUUGGAGAAGCCCCCAAAGACUUCACCAAACGCUCCAGGAGAGGAGUUCGAUGCCACCAAUGCCAUGGUUAUGGCCAUGGGUACCCCGAUUGCCCCAGCAUCGUCAGACAUGACUACUGCAUUGUCUGCGGAAAGUGGCGUUGUAACCUCUUUUCGUGUGAACUCACUGACCAACGCCACGAGAGAGCGAGAGCUGCCAUCAAGGCCGAUUCGGCGGAUCAAUUACCCCAACCGAAUCCCAAAACUGCACCUCGUGCCACUAGCUUGAGUAGAUUCAGGACCCCGAAGAGCACCCAGGGAGCCGUGCCCAAGAGGCCAAUUACUAUCUAUCGCCCUGAUGGGACCAUCCAUUCCAGCACUUCGGGGAAAGUAUCGGUCCAAACCAGAUUGAGUCGUGCCCAAGGCCUCUCAUACGCGGAUUCAGUCGCCAAACGGCUGAAGACGUCAAUUGUGGAUCCAAAGGCUCCUCCAGUAGUCUCCCCCACCACCGCGGAACCUACUCAAGGUACCUUCAGCCAACCUGCCAAUCCGGCCAACAUGUCCUCAGGAAGUGAUCCCCCAGCAGCCCGCAAGAUCACCAUCAACACGUCCACGCCGAGAAAUGCCGAGGAAUGGCUAGAGGGUAUCGCUCGCCUGGACCCAGAUGCAUUUGCCCGCUUCGUGAAGAAGAUGGAGAAGAGCCAGUGCCUAUCGCACCACAUGCUCCCUAUGAGCCUAUAUUUUUAUUGUUUUGCGGAUACGACCGCCCAAAGUCGAAAGUCUUUCGUGAUUUCGUCGGUGAUACCUAGUAAUCCUAACUGUCUACCUGUCAGCUUCGCUAGAAGCCUCCACUGCCUAUUGGCCAACUCAUUGUUUCGAGUAUGGACCCAAAAAUUCCCUACGUCAUCAACUCCAAAGUAUCGAGACAUGAGACUCUCAACUCAAGUCGUGGGUUCGAAGGACACCAAACCAUCAGGUGAGCACUAUGCUACAGUGCUGAAGGAAGGACGGACGGACACCCAACACCACCAAUACCAACUCUUGAACAAGGCGUACCCGGAUACGGAGCCGUCAAGGGGAAGGGGUUUACAUUUCGGAAUGGCAGAAUUGGUGGCUAUCGAAAGUUUUUGUUACGUUUUGAGAAUUAGAGUUUACGUUUAUCGGGUUUUGCGGAUAAUUGACGCGUCUCGUGGUUUGGCAAUUUUGGUUAUUGGUUCAAGGAGAGUUAUUACGCUUUUAGGCCAAGAUAUUACCGAGCCACGGUGGAAGGCCACGCGAGUAAUCACGACCGUUACCAUCGCGUGGAUUGCCAAAAGAUCCCGAGAAUGCAACCGCGAAAAUAAAAAUCAAGUUACGCGAACAUUUGAACUUUCGCGCCGAGACCUGCCAGGCAAACUCUGCGUUGCCAUAACGCCCGGAGCGCUACGCUCCCGUCGGUCGCCAUGCGCCAACCUGUCGCGUAGCAACAGUUGCUACGCAGACGUCGCCGGCAUCACCACGUGUGGUAUCCGCGUCAAGCAAAUUAAUAGUGCAUUCAGUGUUAAAUAG